AUGUUGCCUAAAGCCAAAAUCUUUGCCGUCCCAGAUGCUCUGUUGCAAUUCCCCAAGGAGAACAAGGAGGCAAAGAGCCGAUCUGUUCGCGAAUUCGACGAGAAUCUCACAGUCGACAUGUUUGGAUAUUCCUCGGUAGAAGAGUACUACAACCAGGCGUCCCCGGCUUCCAAGUUGGAUACCGUCAAAGUACCUCUGCUUUGCUUCGUGGCAGCGGAUGAUCCCUUCGUUCCCUUAAGCAUUGAGAAUAUUCGAGUUCCAGGAAGCAGUUCAGAAGAGGAAGAUGCGAUCACUGGAACAAGCGUUUUAUUUGCCUGA